UAGUUAUUUUAUACUCUGUUACAUUGUUCUUUUAUGUUUGUAAUUUGCAAUUAGCCUCCGGGCACGAAUUUGCAAUAAACUUCUUAUAUAAACCGGCAAUAUUCUCAGCAUGUCAUGGUGUAUUAUGAUUGCAAUGGGUUGCAGCAUACAAACAAAAACAAAUGCAUUUCUCCUUAUAUCAAUUUUUGUUUUGUUUUGUGAUGAAAUAUUAAAAAAAAAAUCAAUUCAAAAUGGGUUCUGUCCAUUUAUCUUAAUCCAUUAAAGGAUUAUCAGGUUUGUCAGCAGAGUAAUCUUGCACAUGCAUUUCUCAUCUUGUAUGAAGGGUACAGUAUAGUUCAUAGAUGACAUCCAUGGCCAGUACACAUAUCUCAUCCGACUGUUUGAGUAAGGAGGUUUCCCGCCUGAGGCCAACUACCUGUUCCUUGGGGAUUACGUAGACCGUGGUAAACAGUCCUUGGAGACCAUCUGCUUGUUGCUGGCGUACAAGAUCAAGUACCCCGCGAAUUUCUUCCUGUUGAGAGGAAACCAUGAGUGUGCCAGCAUCAAUCGAAUAUAUGGAUUCCAUGAUAAAUGUUGACGACACUUCAACAUGAAGAUGUGGAAUCUGGGAAGACUUCCAAAGACUGCUUCAACUGUCUCCCCAUUACCUGCUAUUGUGGACAAGAAGAUCUUCAUGGAGGACUGUCCCCAGGCUUUCAAUCAUUGGAGCAGAUCCAGCAUCAUGAAGCCAACAGAUGUGCCAGACACAGCAGCAGGUCUCCUGUGUGACCUGUUGUGGUCAGACCCAGACCAGGAUGUGCAGGGCUGGGGAGAGAACGACCGCAGAGUCUCCUUCACAUUUGGUGCAGACGUAGUCAGUAAAUUCCUCAACAGACAUCUGCAAAGCACAUCAUGUCUGUCAAGGGCAAGAAGUACGCACAUAUGAUGUAAACAUAUACUAGUAUAUGGAUGAGAAAUAGUUAAGUACAUGGCUGACUGGUCUCACAUUUGAAUUCCAGACUGUCUCUCCUAGUGCAUUUGAACCAACAGGUCAAAUAGUGGACUAUAGCUGCAACAACCUGUAUACAGUAUUACUAGUUACCUUUGCCAAGAAGGUUAUGUUUUCAGCAGCGUUUGUCCGUUUGUGAACAGCAUAACUCAAGAAGCUUAAUAUGCAUUGUCAUGAAACUUGGUAGGUGGGUAGGUCUUGAUGAGACCUAGAAAUGAUUAGAUUCUGGGCUCCCUGGCGGCUUUUGUUGGUAUUGCAGCAGAACUUCGGGUUUUGAUAUCUCGUGAUCUGGACAUGCUAGGGUCACGAAUUUUGGUUGGUAGAUAGCUCUUUAGGUAGGGAAGAAGUGACAUGAGUUUGGGCCCCCUAGUGGCUUGUUCUGAAACUGCAGGAGCAUUUGUUGAAAUUUUUUCGAAGGAGGAUAACUCAAGAACCAAUUGGCGGAUUAUGGUGAUUUUUGGUAUGUAUGUAGCUGAAGCGAUGUUUGACCUAAUCAAAUAACAAUUAUGCAAAUCAGGAGCAUAAUUAAGGAGGAAAUUCUAUAAAUCUGCUUUGUUCGAUAAUAGGACUAUGAAACACU